AUGCAGGCCUUAGUAGCAGAAGGCAUGAUCAAGUGUGCAUUACGAGUUCGUGACCACUGCUGCCGUAGGGCCGUCUAUUCGUUCGACCUACGCCUAUAUGAGGUGCCACACUGUCGCUGCCACAUUAGCAAUUUGUUCAGUGUACUCACUAGCCCGUUGUUGAUGCAUCGUUGGGAUGUUUUUCUUCCCAACGAUAUGGAUGCACAUAAGACAUGGAAACAAAUGAGCGAUAUUUGCAUGCCAUGCAUAGAAGACAUUAUUAUGGAAACAAAUGAGCGAAAUUCAGCAGAUGUCAUCUGCGGCGGCAGUAGGCAGGGUGCGAGCAAGCCAGACCCAGAACACGACGACGCCGACGACGAACGCGGCGACGAAGCCGGUGCAUCCCGCCAGCACGCGGGCGUCCUCGACCUGGAGGCCAAAGACGACGCCCUCCAUCAUGCUGAUGACGCAAAAGCCGACGACCCAGACCCCCACGUCGACGAUGUUGUCGGCGACGGCCACCGGCGUGCGCGGCAGGAAGAGCUCCGCGUAGGAUUGGGCCCCGAAGAGGAGCGACAGGUAGGCGCUCAGCGCGAGCUGCAGCGCCAGCCGCCACGCGACGUCCGUGAAGAAGGAGCGUCCAAACGAGUAGACCUGGAUCAAGGGGAUGCCCACGAGUACGGCGAUCUGGCAGAAGACGGCCGUCGUCCACCUCUGCUCGCGCGAGAUACCUGCGCCAGCGACUCCCCGAGCGUCUGCGGCGGCGUAUCCAUUGAUCGGAUCGUUGGUGCAAUUGGAACUAAUACAAGGAAAAGGCCAAUGCUAGUCUACUAUCAGCAGCUUGAGUGUGAAGCUCAGGAUCCUAACUCAACAGUGGCAGACCACACCACAAGCACUAUACUGCUAGGAUGGAAAGAUGAACUCCCUUGA